GGCAGUGCCCGUGUUGGCGGAGUCCAUCGCCCGUACGCGGCGCGCGCGAGAAACCAUCGACGGCGGCACGCCAGCACCCCGUCCGGCUACAACUCUCUUGGUCGCGACCGAUUGCGUCUUUUUCACCGGCGCGGCGCCUUUGAAAAAGCCCUGUUCGAGGACACGGACAACCACUUCGGGGCAAACAGUUACAACAAAAUGAAGAUGGUUGUGCAAAAAAAUACAUUUUCAAGAAUAAUUUUCCAAAGAGGAUUGCACGGUGCUAACAAAAAAUUAGAUAGUCUCAUAAGAGUUAAUCAUGCUGGAGAACUCGGAGCUGAUCGUAUAUAUGCAGGGCAGAUGGCAGUGUUAGGAAACAGUAGUGUAGGUCCAAAGAUUAAAGAGAUGUGGGAACAAGAAAAAGUACAUAGACAUAAAUUUGAACAACUUAUAAUUCAAAAUAGAGUUCGGCCAUCACUGCUAUUUCCUCUAUGGCAUUGUGCCGGCUACGUACUUGGCGCUGGUACAGCACUUAUGGGUCCUAAAGCUGCCAUGGCUUGCACUGUUGCUGUGGAAACUGUUAUUGUAGAACACUACAAUGAUCAAUUGCGAGACCUGAUGAAUGAUCCCGAUUCUGACAAAGAGCUUCUUGAAACCAUUAAAAAAUUUAGGGAUGAAGAACAAGAACAUCAUGAUUGUGGUAUUGAUCAUGGGGCUGAGCAAGCCCCAUUUUAUGAUGCAUUAACAAAAGUUAUAAAAACUGGGUGCAAAGUAGCUAUUGAAGUAGCAAAAAGAGUGUGAAGUUAUUUUCUUUAUGAAAUCAGAUUAUAAUUAUGGUUAAAUAUUUAAAUUAUAUAAUAUAUUUUUAAAGAUUCAUCCUUUAAUUGUUUCAUUGAUAUUAAUUGGUUAAAAUUGUUACCUCCUUCACAGUGUGGUCCUUGAAAACCUUGUGGACAUCGACAGACACCUGGCGCAACACAUGUGCCAUUAUUCAUACACUGUGGAUAGCACAAUGCUGUUUUGCAAUACUGUCCCAUAUAACCUUCGGGACACUGACAUAUUUUAUCUGCAUUGCACCAACCGUUGUUCUCACAUUUUUUAUCACAUACUAAGUCGAGACCUUUGAAAAUAAUUGUACACAUUAUUUUACAGUUAAUAACAUAGGUAUCAGUUCAGAUUACUUUCCAAAAAUAAAUUUUAAGCUAUUAUAAAAUAACUAAUAAAUUAUUAAGUUAGAUAAUCAA